UGCACACAAAUUAUUUUCUUCCCAAAUUCGAUUUCAUUCUUAUGAUCUAGGGUUUUUCAAUCUCCCUCGUGAUUUCAUGCAUCAAUCGAUCUCUUUUUCUUUAAAAUUUCGUCUCUCUGAAUCAAUCCCUCUUUUUAUCGGAUCGCGAAAACCAUUUUCUCUACAUUUUUUUUUUUGCAAUUUUUUUUUCCUAAUUUCAACAUUAUGAACACCGAAGAUUUCUUAUUUUAUUUAUGUAAAUCUAAUCCCAUAUUCAGUUCUCUCCUUCAUUGAUUACAAUGUCAUUUUCCACGAUCACGUUCAAGUUUUGAUUUUUUUUUUUUGGGAUUCUUUUGUACGGUUCUGUGGAGGAAAUUAUUGUGUUGUUUGAUCGAGAAUGAAGUUGUUGGUUCGUGUGAUAGAAGCCAAAAACAUACCCCCCACGGAUCCAAACGGGUUAAGUGAUCCAUACGUGAGGCUGCAAUUAGGAAAACAGAAGUUCAAGACCAAAGUGGAGAAGAAGACCCUGAAUCCAAGCUGGGGAGAGGAAUUCAGUUUCAAGGUGGACGACAUGAAUGACGAGCUUGUAAUCUGUAUAUUAGAUGAGGAUAAGUACUUCAGUGAUGACUUUGUAGGCCAGGUCAAAAUUCCUGUUUCGAAGGUUUUUGAGGCUGAGAAUAAGUCCCUUCCGUCUGCCUGGUAUUCACUGCAACCAAGGAAUAAGAGGUCCAAGAACAAAGAAUGUGGUGAAAUUCUUCUGAGUAUGAAUUUUUCUCAGAACUACUCAUCCAUGGACAUCUUUUGUAAUGACGAUGCAUAUUCAACGAAGAGUGGAGACAUUACUCCCGAUCCACCUUCUAGGACUUCUAGUGUUCCAUCAACCUUCCCUUCUCCUCUCCGGCAGGAAGAUAGUGUUUUCUCCAAGGAAGAGAAGUUUUCUCAACAAAAAUCCUUAGCAUGUCGAAUUGCGCAAAUUUUUAAUAAAAAUUCAGAUUCAUCAUCAAAUGCCUCCUCUAAAUAUACUGAUUCUUUGGAAAUACCUGAAACUUCAAGAUCUGAGGUUUCUGAUGACAAGUCUGAGGAGCAGUCGUCGUCUCUUUCUUUUGAAGAGGCAAUGAAGCUGAUGGAGUCUAAAGAUCAGGGAAUUGAAACUCCUAGUAAUUUACCAGGAGGAAUCCUCAUAGAUCAAUUGUAUGUUAUAGCGCCAGCAGAGCUCAACUAUUUGCUCUUUGCUCCUGAUUCAACUUUUCCAAGGUCAUUGGCGGAUGCCCAGGGAUCUACAGAUCUCCAAGUCGGACAAUGGAAAUUUGAGAAUGAUGGCAAGACCUUGAAAAGGAUAUUUAGUUUUGUCAAGGCUGCAACAAAAUUACUCAAGGCUGUGAAAGCCACUGAAGAGCACACAUAUCUAAAAGCUGAUGGAAAGACCUUUGCUGUUUUCUCAAGUGUGAGUACUCCGGAUGUCAUGUACGGAAGCACCUUCAAGUGUGAAGUACUCUACUGCAUCAGUUCUGGGCCUGAGCUGCAGUCUGGAGAACAAUGUUCACAUCUAGUGAUUUCCUGGCGAAUGAACUUUUUGCAGAGCACCAUGAUGAAAGGUAUGAUAGAAAAUGGAGCACGACAAGGUCUAAAGGAUAGUUUUGAGCAGUUUGCCUCUCUACUUGAUGAGACUGUCAAACGAGUUGAUUCAAAGGAUAUGGGGUUAAAUAAGGAGCAGCUUUUAGCUUCAUUGCAGGCAGAGCCCCAGUCAGAUUGGAAACUGGCAGCACAAUAUUUUGCUAAUUUUAGUGUGAUCUUGACAGUCUUUAUGGGCAUUUAUGUGCUUGUCCACAUAUGGCUGGUGGCACCCAGCGUAAUUCAAGGAUUAGAGUUUGUUGGGCUUGAUUUGCCAGAUUCAAUUGGUGAAUUUAUCGUGUGUGGUGUACUUGUUCUUCAAGGGGAAAGAGUAAUGCGUUUGAUUUCACGCUUCAUGCAGGCUAGAGCACAGAAAGGCAGUGAUCAUGGAGUGAAAGCACAAGGAGAUGGGUGGUUGCUAACAGCUGCCUUGAUUGAAGGAACUAAUUUAGCUGCAGUUGAUUCAAGUGGAUUCUGUGAUCCAUAUGUGGUAUUCACUUGCAAUGGGCAAACUAGAACAAGCUCAAUCAAGUUCCAGAAAUCAGAUCCACAGUGGAAUGAAAUAUUUGAAUUUGAUGCAAUGGAUGAGCCCCCUUCUGUGCUGGAUGUGGAAGUUUAUGAUUUUGAUGGACCUUUUGACGAAGCUACAUCUCUUGGACAUGCUGAGAUUAACUUUGUAAGAUCUAAUGUAUCCGAUCUAGCUGAUGUUUGGGUUCCUCUACAAGGAAAGUUAGCACUUGCAUGCCAGUCUAAGCUGCACUUGAGAGUGUUCUUGGACAAUACAAGAGGUGGAAAUGUUGUCAGAGAGUAUUUAAGUAAGAUGGAAAAAGAAGUAGGAAGGAAGAUAAAUGUGAGGUCUCCUCAAACAAAUUCAGCCUUUCAGAAGCUCUUUGGGCUGCCACCAGAGGAAUUUCUCAUCAAUGACUUCACUUGUCACUUGAAAAGAAAAAUGCCACUGCAGGGUCGUUUAUUCCUGUCAGCAAGAAUAAUUGGGUUCCAUGCAAAUUUAUUUGGACACAAGACGAAGUUCUUCUUUCUUUGGGAGGACAUAGAAGACAUUCAAGUUGUUGCCCCUACUCUGUCAUCAAUGGGUAGUCCAAUUAUUGUUAUGACUCUCCGUCCAGGCAGAGGUAUGGAUGCAAGGCACGGAGCUAAGACACAAGAUGAAGAAGGCAGGCUGAAGUUCCAUUUCCAGUCUUUUGUUUCUUUUGGUGUUGCACAUCGGACAAUCAUGGCUUUGUGGAAAGCAAGAUCCUUGACACCAGAGCAGAAAGUGCAAAUAGUUGAAGAAGAAUCAGAAGGCAAAAGCCUCCAACCUGAAGAAAGUGGGUCCUUCUUAGGCCUUGAGGAUGUCAGCAUGUCUGAGGUCUAUUCUGCUGCUCUUCCUGUUCCUACUAGUUUCUUCAUGGAACUAUUUGGUGGGGGUGAAUUGGAGCGUAAAGCCAUGGACAGAGCUGGUUGUCUGAGUUACUCCUCCAGCCCAUGGGAAUCAGAGAAGGCUGAUGUACACGAGAGGCAAACAUAUUAUAGAUUUGAUAGACGCAUCUCAAGGUAUAGAGGAGAGGUGACAAGCACUCAGCAAAAAUUGCCCUUGUCUGAUAGAAAUGGUUGGCUUAUUGAGGAAGUUGUGACUCUCCAUGGUAUUCCUAUUGGGGAUUAUUUUAAUCUUCAUCUCAGAUACCAGGUCGAGGACUUACCCUCAAGGCCAAAUUGUUGUCAGGUACGGGUGUACUUUGGAAUUGCAUGGCUUAAAAGCACACGAAAUCAGAAAAGAAUUACAAAAAAUAUCCUCGUAAAUGUACUAGACCGCUUGAAGGUAACAUUAGCAGUUGUCGAGAAAGAGUUCAUUGCAAGAUAGUUGGCGAGUUGUACAUAUUUGUUGUUGCCAACAAUAGGGACUUGAUUUAUUGCCAAGAGCUAAUACACGUGAAGCAUCAACUUAGCAUCCUCUCAGUCCAUUAUCUUUAGCAGAGUGCAGCAGGCCUCAGGCACUGGCUUUGAGAUCUUUCCGGAAAUGCUGAUUUAUAGCCAUAGUAUGCAUGUAGUGAUGCAGUACCAUCCCAUCCAUAUCAGUCCUGGUCAUUGAGGUGUUGGUUGUUUCCUUCAAUUUGCUUGUAGGGAUGUAAGCCACUCAAAUAGGAGCCGAGGAAAUUUGUAGUGGUUGAUACUUGAUACAGAUAUUCUUUAGAGGGUCUCUUGCUAGACGCAUUUUUUCCAGCCUCAUGCCUCUUGGAUUUCAAUUUUGUAUGUAUAAAUUAUAAUCCAAGUUAUGUAAAUCCAAGACUUCGGCAGACCAUCAUUCAUUCCUGAAUCUUGCAACAAAUGCUGUAUUCUUUUUGUACAUUUGUGAUUCAUGUUUCUGUUGAAUAAGUAGCGUAGCACAAUUGAUUGAAUUUCCUUUUUUUUUUAAAACUUAGGCAAUUUGUUAUAACCAAGGUGGAGGUGGGGAUGGGAAACGAGAAGGGAUUGGUGGGAGUUGAACACAGCCCAUGAAGUGAAUUUCCCAUGAUAUCAGUGGUUAAGUUACUAUUCCUGUAAAGUGAAUCUUAAUCAAUUGAAUUUGGUGUU